UAUCCUGUAUGGGACCCGAAGGAGAACAAGGUGUUCUUCCUCAAGGACUCGUGGCGCUCUGGCUUUGCCAACGUUCAGCCGGAGGCCGAAAUCGUCCGCGAUCUUAAUCGCGCGGGCGUGAGCUACGCUCCGCAGCUCGUAUGCGGCGGUGAUCUGCCAGGCAAGUGGCAGAAGACCGUCACGCACGAGUACGUCGGCGACCCGGAGAACAAUGGCCAGCACAAGGAGCAUCACCCGCGCAUUCACCAUCGGCUGGUGGAGCCCAUAUACGAGCCUCUCUGGAAAUUCAAGUCCUCGAAGCAGCUACUCCAGACGUUGGACAACGUUUGCACAUGGUAUAGAGGGGCGAGUCUGCCUCCUCCCAUGGGCGGACGUCGCUACUCCACUAGCAGGAAGACUGAGGUCUUGCGCGUCCUGCGCUUCUUUAGCUCGUGA